AUGGAAGAUAAUAUGGAUGGUAUGACUGACUCUUCAGAUUAUGUUGAGAUGUGGAUCGACUUAUUUCUAGGAAGAAAAGGUUCUGAAUAUUUUUGUGAUAUCGACCCAGAUUAUAUAACUGAUAGAUUUAACUUGAUCAACUUACAAAAGACAGUCCCAAAAUUUACUCAAGUUAUACAAUAUAUCGUUGAUGAGUUAGAUGAAACUGUGUUGGAAUCUAUGUCACACUCUCGCCUAGAGCAACUAGAGAAUGAUGCCCGUAAACUUUAUGGUUUGAUUCAUGCACGUUAUAUUAUCACUAUAAAGGGUUUACAAAAGAUGUUACAAAAAUAUAGAGAUGCAGAUUUUGGUAGGUGUCCUAGAGUCUUUUGUAACUCUCAACCAUUAUUGCCUGUUGGUUUACACGAUGUCCCAGGUAUUGAUUCUGUAAGACUAUAUUGUCCAGCUUGUGAAGAUCUAUAUAAUCCAAAAUCGUCAAGACAUAGCACAAUUGAUGGUGCUUACUUUGGUACAAGUUUUCCAGGUAUGUUCUUACAAGCAUUCCCAGAAAUCGUCCCAAGACACCCAACAAAAACUUAUGUUCCAAAAAUAUUUGGUUUUGAACUUCAUAAACAAGCACAACUUGCACGCUGGCAAGAACUACAGAGAUUAAAGCUACAGAAAUCCUUAGAAGCUAAAAAUGUUGAUUUUUCGAAGAACGGUGGAUAUAAAUAG